CGUGUACCGUGUUUGGAUCACAAAAAAAAAUUUCUCGAGUUCCAGACCGAAAUGUUUUGUUAUGAAAAGCCGAGCUGCUGGCGAGCGAACCAAAAAAUUCCAUCGGCUCCGGCGAAACAAGCAAACAGAUGAAUCGGGAUCAUCCAGCAGUGAAGGUGAAAGUUGAUAUGAAGUUGGUAGACUUCAGCGGCGUGACGGGUAAUUGCUAAGGUGGCUGGUAUGCUGUUGGCUACACUGGGAACAGUCUCUUGAUUAUGCAUUUGUAUGGAAGCUAAUGUUUUGUUUGUUAAAAUUUCAGAAAGAUAUGCCUAGAACAGGUGAAGCCACUUCAUCCAAUCCCAGGGCUCCACAUGAUGAGGUCGUGGCUAGGGUUUUUCAAGCCAUGAAGAAAAUGGCUGACCUUGCGCUUGAAGGCACAUCCGAAGUAAAUCGGAGGCUGAAAUUUUUGAAGGUUUUCAUUAGUCUAUCACCCCCGCAGUAUGCAGGAAAUCCUGAUGAACCGUUAGAAGGGGUGGAGUGGCUCAAAAGGAUAAAGCAAUGUUUUGAAGUAAGUGAUGUCCCCGAAGACUUAAAAGUUGGGUUUGCCACAUACUGUCUUACUGGACCGGCGCACUGCUGGUGGGAAUUUGUGAAAAGGAGACGUGAUGUUAUAUCCAUCACUUGGGCAGAAUUUGAGGAGCUGUUUUUGAAUAACUAUUUUCCUGAGACUACUAGGCUGGCUAAAUACGACGAAUUUCUACGGUUAACCCAACAAAACAUGACUAUUGCUCAGUUGUCAUCUAAGUUACUUGAGCUAUCAUGGUAUGCACGACCUAAUCUUGUGAGUUCAGAUAAAUAUAAAGCAUGGAAGUUUCUAAGGGCACUGAGGCCUUCCAUAAGAACAAGGGUAGCUCAAUUCAGUACUUAUGAUGACAUUGUCGCAGCGGCGUUGAGAGUGGAACAAUCUUUGGAGGACAGCGAGGAAGAGUCGUUUGAGGAAGCUUCUGGUGCAGGGGGAAAAGGGCCAAGAAAGCAGUACAUUUGCCAUCACUGCGGCGAGCCUGGUCAUAUUCGGCCUAAGUGCCCGGAAUUAAACUCGCGUGCUUUUUGAAAGUUUUAUCAAAGUCUCGUCCUAACGAUGGAAGGCAAAAAUUGUUUCAACUCCAAGUUAAUAGUGUAUGGAUAAUAGUUUGUAGACUUUCGAUAUGCCUGGCUUUUGUAUUGGUCUGUAUCUGUGUGUCUGACUUUUCUGCCUUUGGACCUUUGUGAAUAGAGAAUCUGUUUUGUAGAGGUUAAA